AUGGGAUCAUCAUUCACAAAAACAAUUCUUUGUAAUUGUGAUAAAAAAGCAAAUGAUGAAAAAAAGAGCGAGAUAAGCCAUGAUAAAGAAUGCCAGCAACAAAGUUUUGAAUCAACAAUUAAAGAAGAAAUAACAGAAUUCGACCACUCUUCUGGAGGUGUUUCUCCAAUUGAAAGAGAUUUUAAAGGGUUUUUACUAGAUGAAGCUAACGGAAAUGGCUUUAAAGAGUCAGGUUUUAGCUUUGAAUUAGGAGGGAAAUUGAAUUGAAUUGAAAAAGAAAUUAUUAAAGAACGAUAUAGAAGAAAAAAUUCUAGAAGAGAACAGAACUAUACUAAUUUAAAUGAUACCUAAGGCUUGAAUAAUAAGAUUAUAUUUAAUAUGUAUAAAUAAUAUAAUUAUUAUUACCAAUAAGUCUUUAAAAUAAUAUAGCAAGCUAUAUAAAACUUUGCCUAUUAAUAAUGAUAUCACAUUUAUAGGAAGAAAAAAGCCUAGAUCUCCGACAAAUCUAGAACCUAUCCAUAUAGAAAUGAGCUUGGCUGAGCUCGCCGACAAAAAAAAUGACCAAUCUCUUUAUAAAACGAGCGAUUUUGUUGAAAUGAGAUCUCAUUUAAGGACACCAAGUCUUAUGCAUUUUUCUACUUUAGAAACCCCAAGUAUGCAUCAUCGAAGUUUUUCAAGCAAUUUAAGCGAAAAGUCUAUUAAUUUAGUUGAAAGGAUACGAUCUGAAGCUUCUUCUAGCAUGAACUAUAAUGCAUCUUAUGAUAUUUCUCAAAUGUAA